GUUCCAUACGUCUACAUUGUCUCUACGUUCCUGCCAUUCUCUCAUUGACUCAUUCUGAUCAGACAUGGCAACUGCAUCAGCAACUUUCAAAUCUAGGGAGCACCACAGAAAACAGCUUGAAUUGGAAGAGGCACGUAAAGCUGGGCUUGCUCCAGUUGAGGUUGAUGAAGAUGGAAAGGAGAUUAACCCUCAUAUCCCUCAGUACAUGUCUUCUGCUCCAUGGUAUUUGAAUGCUGAGAAACCUAGUCUAAAACAUCAAAGGAAAUGGAAAUCAGAUCCAAAUUAUACAAAAUCUUGGUAUGAUAGAGGUGCAAAAAUAUUUCAGGCAGACAAGUACAGGAAGGGAGCAUGUGAAAACUGUGGAGCAAUGACGCAUAAUUCGAAAUCAUGCAUGGAGAGGCCUCGAAAGAUAGGAGCAAAAUGGACCAACAUGCAUAUUGCUCCUGAUGAGAAGAUUGAAACAUUUGAACUUGAUUAUGAUGGCAAGCGAGAUCGAUGGAAUGGUUAUGAUACAGCAACCUAUGCACGUGUCAUAGAAAGAUAUGAGGCAAGGGAUGAGGCACGAAGGAAGUACUUAAAAGAACAGCAAUUAAAGAAAUUGGAGGAGAAAAACAAUAAGGAAAAUAAGGAAAAUGAAUUAAAUGAUGAUGAAGAAGAUGAAGACGUGUUGAAGGUUGAUGAGGCUAAGGUUGAUGAGAGCAAACAGGUGGACUUUGCCAAGGUUGAGAAGCGCGUUAGAACUACAGGUGGUGGCAGUACAGGAACUGUAAGAAACUUGCGUAUACGGGAGGACAUUGCAAAAUACCUUUUGAAUCUUGAUGUCAAUUCUGCUUAUUAUGACCCAAAGACCCGUUCUAUGCGAGAGGAUCCCCUUCCUGAUGCUGAUCCUAAUGAAAAGUUCUAUGGGGGAGAUAACCAAUAUAGAAUGAGUGGACAAGCUUUGGAGUUCAAGCAACUUAACAUUCAUGCUUGGGAAGCAUUUGAGAAAGGCCAGGAUAUCCACAUGCAAGCUGCACCUUCCCAAGCUGAAUUGCUGUAUAAGAAUUUUAAGAUAAUUAAAGAGAAGUUGACGUCACAAAUGAAAAAUGCCAUAAUGGAGAAGUAUGGAAAUGCUGCAUCCAAAGAAGAGCUUCCAAAGGAGCUUCUUUUGGGACAAACAGAGAGACAAGUAGAAUAUGAUUGUGCUGGCAGAAUUAUAAAAGGCCUGGAAACAUCUAUCCCAAAAAGCAAGUAUGAAGAAGAUAUAUACAUUAAUAAUCAUACAAGUGUAUGGGGUUCAUGGUGGAAGGAUCACCAAUGGGGCUACAAAUGUUGUAAGCAAACUAUACGGAACAGUUACUGCACUGGGGCAGCUGGAAUUGAGGCUGCUGAGGCAGUAGCAGAUUUAAUGAUGGCAAACAUUGAUCGGAAAGCAGCAUCUGAAGAUACUCAUGCUCCAGCAGAGGAAAAAAGGCUUGCUAGUUGGGGAACUGAUUUACCAGCUGACCUGGUUCUGAACCAGAAAAAACUUGCUGAGGCACUUAAAAAGGAGGAUGAAAGAAAGAGGGAGGAGAAAGAUGAAAGGAAACGCAAGUAUAAUGUUAGAUGGAAUGAUGAGGUCACUCCUGAGGAGAUGGAGGCAUAUCGCAUGAAAAAGAUUCAUCACGAUGAUCCCAUGAAAGAUUUUCUGCAUUAGGUGUCUUUUUUCUUUCGGGUGUUUGCUAUAUGAGUUUGAAAAAACGUAAAACAAUUGCUAAGCCGUUGAAGGUCAUCAAUUUGUCUUUUAAAUGAGAUAGGGGUCAGUGAGGUGAGGCUGCGAUGAUUUUGUUCUAGCUGAUGAUUUAAAUAUUCGUUUUUACUUUUUAGAGCCUUCCAAUCUGUUGUAACUGGGAUGGGACACUGCAAAUAUUUGGUCUAUGGGUUGGAAGCACAAGCACGUACCACCCCAAGAAUGUGUAUAGUUUACAUUAAAACAUUUUAUAGGAGGAAUUGAUUCUGAUGGUUUGUCAAAGAGGCGCUUAAUCUCUGUCAAUAAUCAACAAUAAUUUCAGGUCUUCAUGCUCUGCUUUACUUUUUACCUACAUAUGUCAAAGAGGAAGUCUUAUCUUUAACACUAAAAAGAAUGUCCUGCAACUACAUUUUUAAGAAAAACUAGAUCAAAUAGACGAUAAAAAAAAAAAAAAAAA